CUAGUCCGACACGCAGUGUCACCUUUCUCGCUUCUCUUCCAAUUUGUGUUAUUUCAUUUCUACAUUCCAUUGACCCGAGUUUCAUUUAACUGGAAAUGGCGAACCCUAAAAAGGCUAUUGUGUUUGUCGCCAACGGCACCGAGGAAAUGGAGGCUGUAAUUACCAUCGACGUGCUGCGUCGGGCAGGCAUCGAGGUGCAGGUGCUGGGUGUCGAAAUCGAGCGAGGACCUGUGACGUGUAGCCGCAACAUCCAGAUCGUCCCUGACGCGUUCCUGGGCGACGACGCCGGCAAGAUCGGCAGCUACGACGCCGUGAUUGUCCCUGGCGGAGCCCUCGGAGCCACGACGCUGUCGCAGAACGGCCAGGUGAAGUCUAUCCUGGCAGACUUUUAUGCGCAGCAUAAGGUUGUUGCCGCCAUUUGCGCUGGCACCCUGGCAAUCAGGUCGGCCGGAAUCCAGACAAAGUCGGCUGAGCCGCCGAGCGUCACAUCGCAUCCGAGUGUGCGGGAUCAGCUGGAACGCGAUUUUGCAUACAAGGAGGACCGGGUGGUUGUUGAUAGAAAUCUGGUGACGAGCCGUGGACCGGGCACAACAUUCGAGUUUGCGCUCAAGAUUGUUGAGUUGCUAGUGGGAGUGGACAGGGCGCGCGAGAUUGCAGGCCCAAUGAUCCUGAACUUUGAAGUCUAGAUACAGACCGGCGGUCUCUUUUGGAAGUGCAGUGGUCCCAGAGAAAUAAAAGAUAUAUCGUGUUGAAUUGUUCUAUUCUGCUAGUAGCGCUUGCCGAGGUCAAUG